AUGGGACGAUAUCGAGCGACAGAAAUCAUGUCUUUAUCGGAAGAUAAUUUUAGUGAUAUAGAGUAUGGUGGAGCAUUUCUAGAAAUACAUCUAGAUGAGCGAUUUAAUGUUAAAGCAGAUUUUCAACAAUUUUAUACAUCAAGAGAUAACAAUAGUAAUAUCUAUAUAGAUGCAGCAAAGAGAUUAUUUCAUGAUCCUGAUCAAUGUAUCGAUUUUAUUUCUUCGUAUGAAUGGCGAAAACUUUUUCUCACACUCACAGAUAAAUUUAGUUUUAUAUUACCAUUAAUUCACGAUCUACCACAAAUUGUUUAUAUUUAUAUUUAUUCAGAAGCACCAGACGAAGUUGAUUUUAAAAUCAGCGAUUAUCCAAGACUACGUGCUAUUGUACAUGAAGAUUCACUAAAUGCUGAUGAACAACUUAUUGCAGAUAUUGAGUUAUUCAAACGAGAUUUGUUACUAGUAAAUGUUAGCAAUCCUAUUAUACGAGAGGCAAUGUUACAUACCAAGGAUACAUCAAACAAGGAAGAUCGCUCUGUGAUCGAGGUACGAGACAAUGAUGAAUAUGAUUUACCAGUCGUUUGGAUACAAGAUGAUAAUGAUAAAAACAUAAUUGACAUGUCUUCUGUAAAGAAUAAACUGAAAUCUAUUACAAUCUAUGUUAAUAUUGAAGAUUGUAUUAAUUAUAUUCAAUCAUUAGACAAUGAUGUUCAAAUCUUUCUUAUUUCAUCUAAAUCCAAUAGUGAUAUAUUUCUACGACAAAUAGUUAAUUUAACAAAAAUUCGUUUCAUAUAUAUAUUUCAAAUGGAAGACAAUAUAUCUUCAACAUUAAAAGAAUUGUCCAACAAAAUUCGUGGUAUUUAUUUCAAUAUCGAUGAUUUAUGUGAUCAUUUAUUAAGUGAUUAUACUCGCAGUUUAAAAAUGUCAGUGAGUAUUUUUAAUAAAGAUUAA